AGGGCAGCACAGGAUGCGAUCGCACGAUCCUGCCCGUAAGCAAUCUCCCAACUCAUCUCUGGCAGUUAUCCGACGUCUCUUCGAUAAUCGAUUGAUUGCAUAAAGUGUAGUCUUUCAAACCUUUCGGAAGGAUCUUGUUCGAGCACGCGUGAUAUAAUGUAACGGUGGUGGUGUGAGAGAGGAUUAGUCCGGCAACUCAAAAGCAGUCCCAAGAGGCACGCGCCGUCGCGGCGACGCGACAUUUGGCGCGUCCUCCAUUCUAACCUAUUUCGCGCGCUCGCCACUUCUCGAAUCUUCGGGUAAGCUGUCAACGGCCCUAAUGUCAACAGUACCCGAAUGUCAGUACGUCAUGUUUCGGCAUGCUGUGAACCCCGGCUCGGUGAAAUUUGCUAUGAUGGUCGACGACGUGCUCCCGGCAAGCUUGGAAAAACUGGAAAUUGAUCGGCUCGCUUCGACCUGCACUCAUAAAGCCAAGAACGACGAGUCCAAGCCCUUGAAUCCAUUUAAAAUGAACAGUAAAGGUCUUUCUACCGACUGCAGCCACCUGUUCCAACGAAGAUCGAUGCGCAAUAAGCCGGUAUCAUCGAUCGACGUCCCCCGUGGUGUCAAAAAUACAACGAAUUUCAAGCUACCUAAAAAUGAAGUUCUAGACAAACCGAAGAAGAACUCUAUCCUCAAAGAAGCUAUCCUGAAAUUAAACGAUUCUAGUUCUUCCUGUCUGAGUGAAAAUUUGGCGAGUACUUUACUUCAAGAAGCUUGUAAACUCAGUAUUACAAGUAGAACUUCUAAAACGUUCGGUCAUGGCUCUGUCACAAAGGACUUUAAAGCACUGAAUAUAAGCCAAGAUUCUAGAAGGGUUAAAGACGACGCUAGCAUUCAGGACACCUAUUAUUCGAUUAGCUUCCAACGAGCACGUAGUAAUACAAUGCCAAGUUUAAAAAGAGGACCUGGUCCUGGUGGAGGCUCUAAUAGUCAAGCAGACUUACAAAAUGCAGUCGGUCAGCCCUCCAGUUCAAAUACCUGUUCCGUACAAGCAAGAAUAUCGACUCCAUCGUGUGACGUGACCAUCGACGAGCUUGCAAGUUAUUUCGACAUUUUUGUCCAUAUUCCAAAGAAAAUGUCGCACAUGGCUGAAAUGAUGUACAUUUAAUUCUAAUCCCUGAAUGUCCUUAAUGAGUUGAUUGUAUUGUGUGAGGUGCCAAUCGCUCGUGUUACCUCUCAUUGUCUUUAUCCCAGAGCUAAUACACAUUUGCUAUGAUUUCUUUUUCUCUCUUAUUUUGUACAAAAAAAUUAUACUUGAUAUCGAAGAAGUUGUACAAAUGUCACUUGUGAUAACAUGGAAGUCAAAUAUCUGAAACUGACACAAAUUAAUUUGUCUUCGAUAGUUGGUAACGUCGAAUAUCGAUAUGAACCUUUAGUUGUGGCACACUUUAGUAGUUCUUUACGUCUGUUCGUUCUCCUAUAUUUCUUUUCCCUAAAACAAAAUAAGGGUCUUUAUUUAAACAAAUUUUGUAUAAUGAAAUAAACAUAAGCAAUCUCGCAAGAA